ACAAAUUGUUUUUCCUCGGCCAGAUUCCUCGAUUUUCUCCGUGUUCUGUAAUUUGGAUAGAUUUGAAACUCUCUUUGUUGUUCCCUUGAUUUAUAUUUUUUAUUCGCCUUCUUGUUUUUUUUUUUUUUUGCUCUAUUCGUUUCCUUUGUUAUCUUUGUUUUGGUUUGAUCUGGAAUCCUGCUCUACUAUACUAUUUCAAUUCGAUUCUUCACCGGCGGUAUUCUAACGAAGAAGACACAAAUUGGAGCGUCACUGGAUGUUUAUGGUAGAAUGAAUCAAGGAGGGAACACUCAGGCCGCAGCUCCACUGGACCCUAAUUCCAUUGAGAAACGAUAUGGUAUUGAUGGAAACCAAGGGCAGAUAUCUUCAUAUCAAUACUCAACUGGGUCUGACGGUGCCCCAUGGACAGCACAGAGGGUGGACAAUCAGGUUGUGGAGAAUGGGAACUAUUCAAAUUCAAACUAUUACCAUCCACAGCCUACAGGGCCAGCCUCAGGAAAUGUGCAAGAAAUACCGAAUACUGCAUCCUUCACUAGCUCAACGACGUCUGGAACUGCUAAUGUGGCACAAGAUUAUAGUGGAUAUACGCCAUACCAGACCUCUUCUGACCCACACAACUAUUCAAACACGGGAUAUUCCAAUUACUACAGUAGCUAUCAACAGCAACCUAGCCAGUCAUAUUCUCAGCCUGUAGGGGCGUAUCAAAACACAGGUGCUCCUUAUCAGCCUAUUUCCUCAUUUCAGAAUCCAGGAUCUUAUGCUGGGACUGCAAGUUAUUCAGGAACUUACUACAAUCCUGCUGAUUAUCAGACUACUGGAGGUUACCAAAGUACAAAUUAUAACAACCAAACGGCUGGAGGUUACCCAAAUACAAACUACAGCAAUCAGACUCCUACAUCAAACCAGGGAAACUAUACGGACUAUACAUCAAACUCAUAUCAAAAUUAUACACCUGACGCUGCUAACACUCAUAGCUCCACUACUGCAACUACAAUACCUGUACAUUAUCAACAGAACUACCAACAGUGGCCAGAUUAUUACAGUCAAGCAGAAGUACCCUGUGCCCCGGGCACGGAAAAGUCUGCCACUAGUUCAUUUAGUCAGAGCUUUCCAGUUCCUGGUGUUACCAGUGAAAUGCCUGCUUCUAAUGGUCAGCCUGCUCCGUCUUAUGCCCAACCUUGGAGACAGGAAACCAACUCCUCCCAACCACCUUCUCAGCAGCCUGGUGCAGCGGUUAGUGCCUCUAAUGAUGCCUACUGGAUGCAUCAAACACCAAACCAGCAAGCUCAUUAUCCUGUUCCUCCGCAAAAUCAUUACCAGAGUCCUCUGGAGACGAAACCCUUAUAUGAGACUCCGUUUCAGGGGCAUCAGAGACCUACAUAUCCUCAAGGAAUGAACUCUCAGUCUUCCAUUCAUCAGGCACCGUUAGGCUAUCGCCAGCCUACUCAGACAACACCGUCAGUGGAUACACCAAGGGUAAGCAAAGUACAGAUUCCAACUAACCCUAGAAUUGCUUCGAACUUGCCAUCAGGUUUUCCCAAAAUGGAUAAAGAUAGUUCAGGAGCCGGUGCAACCCAAACACCUGCAUAUGUUAGUGUUUCAAUGCCAAAGCCGAAAGGCCACACCACUGCUAUGCCUGAGCCUGGAACCUUCCCCAAAUCACUUCGUGGGUUUGUCGAGAGGGCUUUUGCACGCUGCAAAGAUGAUACAGAAAAGGCAUCUUGCCAGGCCGCCCUGAGGGAGAUCAUCACCAAAGCUACGGAUGAUGGUAGUCUUAAUACUCGGGAUUGGGAUACUGAGCCUCUCUCAACUGUCCUGAGCACACAUAUGACUAACACUGAGUCGAGCUGUACUCUUAUUUCUUCGUUCCAAAAUAAGAGCCCAAUAAGACGACCCAAAAGUAGAUGGGAGCCGGUACUGGAAGCAAAACCAUUUGUCAAGUCAGCUUCAACUUUCAGCAGUGGUGUUAAGUUUGGAGGUUGGAAUCACCAAAAUGAAAUUAACAAAAAGAACUCUGAGAGUUUUCAAAAGGUGGAUGCUGUCACUGGCUUCAAGCCAACUUACUCUGGGCAAAAUUCUGCAAAAAAGAGUUUCCAGCGGCCUGUCAAGCGACAGCGUUUUUCUGGUGGUGCAGCUACUGCCAUUGAUGAUGAGGCAUCUAGUGAUAGUGACAAGGAUUUGACACCUUACUAUUCCAGCACAAUGGCACUUGCUAGUUCUGCCGAGGAAAAGAAGCGGCGUGAUAGUCGUUCCAAGCGUUUUGAAAAAGUUCAAGGGCACGGCCGAGGGAAUGAUACUCCUAAACCUAAGAAUGUAAAUGUUGGAAAUUUGCAGUCUAGAAGAGCCACUGCACUGAGGCUUAGCAGAGAUUUUGAUGAAAGUGGCAGCAGAGCUGUGGAAGACAUUGACUGGGAUUCACUAACUGUUAAAGGAAGUUGCCAGGAAAUUGAGAAACGUUAUCUCCGUCUUACUUCUGCACCGGAUCCUUCCACCGUAAGGCCAGAGGAUGUGCUGGAAAAAGCUCUGUUAAUGGUUCAGGAUUCUCAAAAGAAUUAUCUCUAUAAAUGUGAUCAGCUAAAAUCUAUUCGCCAAGACCUCACAGUACAACGGAUACACAAUCAUUUAACAGCUAAGGUUUAUGAAACACAUGCUAGAUUGGCUUUGGAGGCUGGGGAUUUACCUGAGUAUAAUCAGUGCCUGUCACAGUUAAAAAUUCUGUACGCGGAAGGUAUAGAAGGGUGCUCUCUGGAGUUUGCUGCGUACAGUCUGCUCUAUAUUACCUUACAUUCUAACAACAACCGAGAACUGCUAUCAUCUAUGUCCAGAUUAUCCGAAGAAGCUAAGAAGGAUGAAGCAGUUAGACAUGCUCUCUCAGUUCGUGCAGCUGUUACAUCAGGAAAUUAUGUUAUGUUCUUCAGACUCUACAAGACUGCACCAAACAUGAACAGUUGCCUCAUGGAUCUCUAUGUGGAGAAGAUGCGUUAUAAGGCAGUGACUUUUAUGUCUCGGAGUUGUCGUCCGACAAUCCCGGUCUCAUACUUAGUCCAAGUGUUGGGCUUUACUGGUGCUUCAAGCGAAAGUACCGGUGAAAAGGAGACCGAUGGUAUGGAGGAGUGUUCUCAAUGGCUAAAAGCCCAUGGUGCUAGCCUCAUAGCUGACAGUAACGGUGAUAUGCUUCUUGACACCAAGGCGUCGACACCGAGUCUGUUCAUGCCAGAACCUGAAGAUGCAGUUGCUCAUGGAGACCGAAAUCUAGAUGUCAAUGAUUUUUUUACGCGUACAUGACGAAAAAAGAAUUAAUGUUUGUUGUGUAGUCUGAUGGAAAAGAAAAGAAGCCAAAAUGCCUCUCUGGCAAUCAUCAUCAUCAUCAUCAUCAUCAUCUUUUGCCACACAUAAUCUCAGGUAUGACAUUUUAGGUUUAUAAUACUUAAUAGGUGUAGGAGGUCUUUUGAAAGAGAAACCAAAUGUGUUUGUAAUUCGUUAUUGUGAAUAUGGAAAAAUCCUUAUUCUUCUAAAGACUUUGAGAUAUCCAGCAAUACUCUUUCUUUUAUAUAAAUGAAAAAGCAUUUUACAUUUAAA